CCAGCCGGGUGUCCCGUCCAGCCCCCGCAGGGAAGGGCAGCGACAGCGGCGGUGCCGGGGAGCUGUGGGGCCCAGCCCAGCCCCUGCCGUGCCCGGGGGUCCCUGGUGGGGCCAAGGUCCCGGUCCCCAGCAGGCUGAGGCUGCUCCCCGAGCCCCCCGUGCCCACCCUGACCCCGCUGUCCGCUCUUGGUUUAACGCUGCCCGGCCCCGACCAGCGGCACUGGCGGGACCCCCCUCCCCAGGGCACGGCCGGGAGCCUCCGGGUCCUUCCAGCUUCAGCUCCUCAGACCCGGCUGGCAACGGCAGUGACAGAGGCAGGGACAGGGACAGGAGCAGGGGGAGUGGCAGCAGCUGGGUCAGGGACAGGAGCAGGAAGGGAGGAAGGGACAGGGACAGGGACAGGGACAGGGACAGGGACAGGGACAGGGACAGGGACGGGAACAGUAGCUGGGAUAGAGGCGGGGCUGAGACCGGGACAGUGGCAGCAUCUGGGUUAGAGACAGGGCACGAACAGAGAGAGACAAGGGCAGCAGCUGUGACAGGGACGCGGCAGGGAGAGGUGCAGGGACAACCACAAGGACAGGGGCAAUAACUGGGACAGGGACAGAGAGACAAGAGCAGUGGCUAGGACAGGGACAGCGACAACGAUAGGGGCAAUAGCUGGGAAAGAGACAAGGACAGGGACAGGGACAAUAGCUGGGACAGGGACAGAGACAAGAGCAGUAGCAGGGACACUGACAGGGACAGGAGCCGUAACUGGGACAGGACGCGGGUCCGCCCUGCUCGCUCCCUCCGGCCACGCCCCUCUCGCGGGCACGCCCCUUUUUGGGCGGGGCCCGGCCGUGACGUGCCCGUCCGCACGGAGUGGGCGUGGCCUGUGUCCCCCGUGACGUCACCGUCCGCGGGGUGCGCAGCAGGUGCGGGCGGCGGCGCGAGACGCGCAGGGCGCAGGACAGAUUCUGCAUCCCACAUGAGCUACGAUAAUCCUCCACCGUACCCCGGCCCGGGCCCGACCGCCCCAUACCCACCCUAUGCACAGCAGCCAGGGGCUCCUCCUGGCCCCUACCCUGGCUACCCCCCCGGGCCCUACCAGCCAGGCCAGCCAGGCUACCAAGGAUACCCCCAGUACGGAUGGCAGAACGCUCCUCCACCGCCGCCGGGACCCGUGUACGCAGAUGGGCCCAAAAACACAGUGUACGUCGUGGAGGAGCGGCGGAGGGACGACUCGGGCGAGAGCGCCUGCCUGACGGCGUGCUGGACCGCGCUCUGCUGCUGCUGCCUCUGGGACAUGCUGACCUGAGCCCGCCCUCACCGAGCGCUAUGCAGCCUCCCCACUCCUGUCCCGACUUCUUUCUGUUACUGUAAUCAACGCUCUGCUUUGCACAGCCAAGAGUUCCCGUCUGUCCGUCCUAGCGCCUUGUCGGGGUGGGGGGUGCACUCCUUUAUUUUAGUAAAGGAAAAAUAAUCCCUUUUUAACAUUUCUAAGACUUUUGUUGUAACUUUGAAGAAUGUGCUAAUGGUGUAUUUCAGCCAAAGGCAUUCUGAUGAAAUGUAUAUUUACCAGUUGAGAUUUUCCUAGCCCUAGAGAUGAAGAUGUACGCAAUAAUUAAAGCCAACAGUUGAUUUUCUUCA